CACGGCUCGUUUUAUGGCAACGUAGCUAAACAGCAGGUAGUCACGAAUGUGUCAGGACUCCUCCUAGUAGAGCGAUAUGCAUUAAAAAUAACAAAGUUUUUGUGUUACAUGUCAUUUACUCAUAAAGGACCGCCGGAGCUUAGCAUAAAGGCCGGCAAUAAUCUAUAAGUCGAGGAAGCUAACAAGCUAGCAGUGGUAAUAGCACUUUGGAUUUACUGUUGUUAAAUAACUCCGCAGCUGGAUGAGCUUGCUAGGAUGAAUGGGAAAGCUAAGAAGCUAACGAUGGUCAUUGUGUUAUAGGUUGGAUUUGUGCUGUCUUUUUGGAGAUAAACUUUAUAAAUAAUAAAUUAGGAGUUAUGAGAAUAAACAGAUAUGUAAUUUCGAGCACGGGGUCUCGUGGUUAUUUACAGCUGGAUAUCCUCGGUGUGGGAUUAGCUUAUUUUCUCCUUGGAAAGACGACAUUCGCUCCUUUCAGCUACCUCAAAAUACACGGGAGUCGGUGAUGCUGUCGGUCGCUGGACAAAUGCACCGGGUGUCCGAACUAGGACAGAGCGGCCAGACUCCGUUAUAAACAAUGAAAAACUGCGAGUAUCAACAAAUAGACCCGCAAGCACUUCCGACGCCCACCCCGACCCCUCAGCCUCAUCAUGGGAAUGACACGGAGAAGAAGAAGGAGCCGAGAAGACCCAGGAGAAAGUGGGAAGUUUUCCCCGGAAAGAAUCGCUUCUACUGCGAUGGACGGAUCAUAGUGGCCCGACAGAGUGGGGUCCUUCCCCUUACCCUGGGUCUCAUCCUCGUCACAAGUGGUUUAUUUUUUAUAUUUGAUUGUCCAUUCCUGGUCAAACACCUGACCAGCUGCAUACCUGUUAUUGGAGGAGUCCUCUUUGUGUUUGUGCUCAUCACCUUGCUCCAGACCAGCUUCACCGACCCCGGAAUCCUGCCCAGAGCAACACCAGAUGAGGCUGCAGACAUUGAGAAACAGAUUGACAACACUGGAAACACCAGCUAUCGACCUCCGCCUCGCACCAAGGAAGUGCUAAUCAAUCAGCAGGUGGUGAAGCUCAAGUACUGCUUCACCUGCAAGAUGUUCCGCCCUCCGCGCACCUCCCACUGCAGCCUGUGUGACAACUGUGUGGAGAGAUUCGACCAUCACUGCCCCUGGGUUGGGAACUGUGUAGGGAAACGUAACUACCGGUUUUUCUACACCUUCAUCGUGUCGCUCUCCUUCCUGACGGCGUUCAUCUUCGGCUGUGUGACCACACACCUAGCACUGAGAGCUCAGGGCGGGAAGGGCCUAGUGUUUGCGCUUCAGGAGAGUCCGGGGAGUGCAGUGGAGCUGGUGAUAUGUUUCUUUUCAGUUUGGUCCAUUUUGGGCCUCUCAGGCUUCCAUACAUACCUGGUUGCUUCCAAUCUUACCACUAACGAAGACAUUAAAGGCUCCUGGUCAGGGAAGAGUGGAGAAGAUGUUACAAACCCAUACAGUCAUAAAAACAUCUUUAUCAACUGUUGUUCGGUGCUUUGUGCGCCCAUGCCGCCAAGCUUGAUUGACAGACGGGGUUUCCUGCCGGCAGAUGAGUCUGCCCAGACUGGCAGUGCUGACAUCGAGCUGCCCACCCUGGCCGCUAAAAGCGAGAUAAAUGUGUGCACACAGGGAACUAAAGGUCUGCUAGAAUCAGCUGCGCUUUCUCCGCUCCUGUCCACCUCGUGUCCUCAGGGGAAACCUCAGAAUGCUCAUUCCUGCCCAGAAACCAGCCCAGCGUUGAACUCUGACCCCACAUCGGAGUUCUCUAAAGGCUGCAGGGGUAACCAUACGUCCAGCUCCCAUGGCGAUACUUCUCGUCCACGUCACACCAAAGCUCGCUCAAAGAAAUGCAGACGAGAGGCUCUGCAUAUUCCCAACCCUGCAUUUGAUGUCCCAGUUUCCCCUACCUCUCCGGACGCUGCCCCUGACUCCAAAGCCAGGAGCCACAGAGGAGGCAGCCUCACCCCGUUGCACUGACUGUCUUGAAUGAUGUUUUUCACAAGUCAAACACUGUUUGAGGCUUGCAUGCUGUAACACAGUCAGAUCCAAGUUAUAUGAUUUUUUUUGUUUGGUUAUUCCUGUUGGUUCUCUGAAACUCCAGGAGCGUUGAAGAUGUUUGGUCACUGAGUAAGACAAUCACAGUGGAAAUAGGACAGAUUUGAUGAAGAGGAUUCUAGAUGCAACAUAGCGCUGGUGUAGAGAAAAGUUCUAAGAAGGUUUGUGAGCCGUAGAUUCUUGUGUAAAAAAACAAAUUUACCAGCAUGUCAGAUUUCACCAAAUUUGUGAAACAGCGGCUUUAAUGUAUCAGGUGGAUGGAAGCUCUGAAUUGUGUAUAUCUAUAAAGAGAGGAUCCUUGAAGGGAAAAUCCACCCAAAAAUGUUCACAUCUCAAGCUGUACAGGCAGUGAUUAAUGGAACAAGUCGCAGGACUCGUUGACUAAAGCACUGUCCUCAAAACACUUUCAUGUGGAAUCACCCGUUUAGCUCACUGGGUUAAGCAGGCAACCCAUUUGCCUCAAGACAUGUCUUCCCCCUGGUUUUCUCCCAGGCUUCCUGUCUUCUCUUUGCUCUCCUAUUGCAAUAUAAUCCAUAUAAUCUGGUACAGAAUUUAUAUGGAGUAAAUAUUUAGUCACCACAGCCACCACAGGUGGGUAAGGUUUGGCCACCCCUUCUGCCCAGUAAGUGUGAAACGGCAAUGUCUGCAAAUAAGCCUUUACUGUGCAGUGGUUGAAAUAUCUAAUUUAUUCAUUUGGAUUGUUGUAGGGCUUUAGGGGUAUGCCUGCUCUGUUCCACCACCUGUCAUUGUCUGUUCUGCUAAUUUAAAUCUCUGAACUGGAUCUCUGGGCUGUGUUUGAGGAGGUGAUUCUUUUUGGAACAUUUUUAAUUAAUUAUUAAUACUCUUAAUAAGCUUUUGUUUCAGUUUUACUAUAGGGAAGUUAUUCUUCUGUUACUUGACACUUUUAAAAACUUUUUUUUUUUUUUAAAGUUUUACAUAAAAAUGCUUGUUAUGCAUGAGUCCUCAUGGCAUACCUUUCUAUGGCAGUCAUGCCUAAAUGAUUAGGAAUGAUUUGGUACAUCUGGUAAGCAAUCAUUUGGUACUACAACAAUCUGUAAAAUGGGGAAACAAGAACUAGAAAUAGGUUCUGAGCUCAACCUGCCCACCUCUUUAAAAACUAUCUGGCUCUGUGGCUGCUUCCACUGGGUUUCAGUCUAACAGAACCUGAGGGUACCAAAUGCAGAGAUGGGGAUAUAACUGAACUAUGCACUUGUUUUUUCCCCCCACAUCUAUAAUAAUGCAGGCAAAGAUUUGGUCCACUGACCUUAGUGACAUUGAAUAUUGGAUUAAUCAUUCAAAUCUAUAUGUAAAACACCUAAUUUUUCACUGAAGGUGAUGACUUUGUGUUCUAAAAUAAGCAAAAUGUGAAUGUUGUUGUGUGGAUUUUUCCGAUGACCUUGCACAAACAGCACAGUGGAUAAGAUGUAAAUCAGUUUAGUGGUGUGUACUGUUGUUCAGAUCUUCGUGCUGUAAAAAGGAAUUGAGUGCAACUGCAUGGUUAUGACUAAAAGGUGUAUUUUAUGAUGUUUCUUUAAAUGCAUUCAAACAUUGCACCAUCUCAACACACCUUUUUGUAGGAAACCAGUGUUGUGUUUCAAAACUGAAACAGCAUUACUGAUUCCCGCUUGUAUUCUUGUCACCAUCACACAAUGAUUUAAAGCUCCUUUUCACAUGUCCACCUCCUGCUCACACACCUUGUGUCAGUAAUAGCAAUACCUUCUGUCUUCUCCUUUCCCUAAAAUUGUUUUUCUUUGUGCACUUUGACAAAUCUGAGACUUGUGUGAAUGGAGGAUGUACUGGUUUGUUCUCAGGUGAAAGCUUUAGGUUAGGUAUUCAAUAUGCAAGUUCAAUGUGACAUGUGUUCACACACAUUGUGACCCGAUGGCAAUAGCUGCACAAGAGUGCAAAGACCCCAACUAUCAUGUACACACUGUCCGUCUAUAGUUCACCUAAAGAGUGUCUGUGCAGCAUCUGCUGUGUCAAAAGUCACCCCAACACCCUCAGUGACAUCACUAAGUGAAUGCGAGUGAUGCAUUUAUUAGGAGAAACAUACUGUACUGUAUUUGUACCAACUGUAAGGUAAAUUAAGCCAAUGCUCCUGUCAAAAUAAAGGAAAGAAAAAUACAA